GUUACAUAAGCAAAUAAUAUCAACAGUUUCAAUAGUCAUACUAGUUCAAUUUCAGAGAAAUCCAAAUGGGUUGUUCAGAGUCAGAAGAGACUUGCAGGAAGCAUAAAAACCACAAACAACUCGAAGGGGUUUGUCCAUUCUGUCUAAGAGAAAGGCUGUCUCUCUUACAGAAGAAGAAGAUUGAAAUUGUUGCUGCACCUUAUUCUUCGACUUGUUCUUCACCGUCGAAUGGCGUCUCACCUCCAUCUGCGGUGCGUUCCAGGCAUCAUCGAAACGUUUCGGAGGUGAUGGGGUCGACAUCCUUGAUGUGGAGUGUUGGUAAUGGGUUGAAAAAAAGUAGAUCAAUUGCUUUCGCUCCAAGAAACUUUAUGGGAGAGGUUAAGAAUGUGAAGAAGAAGAAAGGGUUUUGGUCGAAGUUGCUUCAUUUGGAGAAGAAGAAGGGGGUUUUGAUGGAUUCAAGGACUGUGAGAGAGAGGUUAUAACAAGUAGGUUUUUGUGUAGAAAUUCGGGUUUUUUAAAAUGUAAUCUCUACAUUAAUUCUUGAAGUAUCAGUUAUAAUUUUAUU